AUGCAAGCUUUAAGCAUCUGGCCAUUAAAGUUUGGUUUUUUGGUUGGAUCAAGAUUGGAAUUUGAGCUGGAUUGUUCUUGCUUUGUAGUUAGCACUAAGACUAGAAAGAGGCAAUGUUUUGCUGAACAGGCUUGCUUUGGUAGUAUCUCUAGCUUGAUAUUGGUUUCGAAUUAUAGAAAAGGCUUGGCUAUAAACCCUCCCUCAAAAAUUCUGUUUCUGUGUGAGCCAAAGAGGAAUCUUUUGGGAUCAUCGGUUGGGGUAGGAUGGGCCACAGAGCAACGAGAAGUCUCCAGUGAAGAUUCAAGUUCAUUAGACGUUGAUGAUUCUGAGCCACAGGCUGUAAAUGGAGGGAAAGAAACCAAAUCAAGAGUUGAUGUUAGAGAAUUGGCAAAUAGUCUACGAGCUGCUAAGACAGCGGAUGAUGUGGAUGUUGUUCUCAAGGAGAAAGGAGAGUUGCCUCUUCAAGUCUAUUGUGCUAUGAUAAGAGGCUUUGGCAAGGACAAGAGAUUGAAGCCUGCAAUAGCAGUAGUAGAUUGGCUCAAGAGGAAGAAGAAGGAGUCAGGCGGUUUGAUCGGUCCAAACCUUUUCAUAUACAACAGUCUUUUGGGUGCGAUGAAGCAGUCGAGUUGCUUUGGGGAAGCGGAGAAGAUACUGAGUGGUAUGGAGGAAGAAGGGAUUGUUCCAAACAUUGUCACUUACAACACUCUAAUGGUCAUUCACAUGGAGGAAGGAGAGUUUCACAAGGCUCUUGAGAUUCUUGAUUUAGUCAAGGAGAAAGGUUUUGAGCCUUCCCCUGUAACAUACUCCACGGCUUUAUUGGUGUACAGAAGGAUGGAAGACGGUAUGGGAGCUCUUAACUUCUUUGUGGAGUUGAGAGAGAGAUACUCAAAGAGGGAGAUAGGGAAUGAUACAGAUUUCAAUUGGGAAUUUGAGUUUGUGAAGUUUGAAAACUUCAUUGGCAGAAUAUGCUACCAAGUGAUGAGGCGUUGGCUGGUGAAAGAUGAGAACUUGACUACUAAAGUGUUGAAGCUUUUGAAUGCAAUGGACAAUGCAGGGCUUAAACCGAGCAGGGAAGAGCACGAGAGGCUUAUAUGGGCGUGUACGCGUGAAGAACAUCAUGUUGUUGGCAAAGAGCUGUAUAAGAGAAUCAGAGAGAGGUUUCCUGAGAUAAGUCUGUCUGUUUGCAACCAUUUGAUCUGGCUGAUGGGUAAAGCUAAGAAAUGGUGGGCGGCGUUAGAGAUCUACGAGGAUCUUCUUGACGAAGGACCUGAACCAAACAACUUGUCUUACGAGCUAGUGGUCUCUCAUUUCAGUAUCUUGCUGAGUGCAGCUAGCAGGAGAGGGAUAUGGAGAUGGGGAGUGAGGUUGCUCAACAAAAUGGAAGAUAAAGGAUUGAAACCGCAGAGCAGGCACUGGAACGCGGUUCUUGUAGCGUGUUCAAAGGCUUCUGAGACCGCGGCUGCGAUCCAAAUCUUUAAAGGAAUGGUUGAAAACGGCGAAAAGCCAACAGUGAUCUCAUACGGUGCGCUGCUCAGUGCGCUUGAGAAAGGGAAGUUAUAUGACGAGGCGUUUCGGGUUUGGAACCAUAUGAUUAAGGUAGGGAUUGAGCCAAAUCUUCACGCAUACACGAUAAUGGCUUCGGUUUUGACAGGACAGCAAAAAUUCAAUCUUUUGGAGACCCUUCUCAAGGAAAUGGCUUUAAAGGGUAUAGAGCCGAGUGUUGUGACUUACAAUGCGGUGAUAAGUGGCUGUGCAAGGAAUGGUUUAAGCGGUGUGGCUUACGAGUGGUUCCAUAGAAUGAGAGGUGAGAAUGUUGAGCCUAAUGAGAUAACUUAUGAGAUGUUGAUUGAGGCUCUUGCGAAUGAUGCGAAGCCAAGGCUUGCUUAUGAGUUACAUUUGAAGGCUCAGAGUGAAGGGCUUAAGCUCUCUUCUAAGCCGUAUGAUGCGGUUGUUAAAUCUGCUGAGAGUUAUGGAGCCACCAUUGAUCUUAAUCUGUUGGGUCCUAGGCCAGACAAAGACAAGAGAGCUUAG